GCAGAAAACAUCUGUUGAUAAAGGUUAUAUUAAUGAAGGAUUGACUAUACAAGACAUUAACAAUAGUUGGAAAUGUUUCAAAGAGUCUUAUAUAGAUUAUGAACCAUCCUCAAGUGGAAUAUCUUCAAAUGGAACUGAUGAAUUUUCUGACUCAGAUAUAUCUCAUAUCAAAAUUUUAGAAUCUGAAGAACACAUACACUUAUCUGAUAAAUUGACUUGUGCUAUAAGGUUAUUCUGGGUCAAGUCUCAUUGUAAUUUGACAGAUAAUACAUUUCUACAAACUAUAAUGGCAGUUAAUAGUAGCAAU